UCGUCGAUCUGCUUCUGCUUCUACUUUGCGUUCAAUCUGUAAUACAAAAAAGCUUUAAUUGUACUUAGCAGAGAUCGAAAGAAGAAAAAAUAAAAAAGAAGAAAAGUGGCAAGUGAAAAAAUAUAUUUUUUUAUUUGUUCUGGCUUCUGGGCAAAAUAAGUCGUUCGUCGUAUCGUCUUUGUCGUCCGCCGUCCAUCGUCUAUCGUACGUCGUACGUCUUCGAUUCGACGUCGUGGUCGUGGUCGUGGUUGCUUUGUGUAGUCAAAAGCUGAAGCUGAAAAAAUAAGCAUUACAUACAUACCGAAACCAAACCGACGAACCGAACACAGUCGCUGAAGAAGAGAUUUGAAGAUGCCGAUGGCUGCGGUAUACGUGAGACGGUCUCGUCGGAAAGGUGCAAACCGAAUUGCCUUGCCCUCGAGAGCAUCUGAUAAUGUUCUGGAGCCAUUACUUCAAAACUUGCCAACUGUCGGAGCUGCUCCUUCUGGUACUGGUGGCCCGAGUGUUGCAGCAGCUACUGGGGGUUCAAGCUCCUCGUCGGGUUCUGCAAAUUCUACAAAUGCAUUCAAUACAAGUGGUAACACAAAUGGACCAUCCACAUCAUCUUCAUCAACAUCUUCUUCCUCCAAUUCUUCGUCAUCAUCAUCAACAUCCACCACAACCACUGUAGCAUCCACAUCAUCGUCAUCGUCAUCGUCAUCUUCAUCGUCUGCGACGUCAACAAAUGGUGGAAAUGGCCCAGCCGCAACUAGCACUAGUUCUUCAGCACUCAAUUGCAUAAAUAGCACAAAUUCCAUGACUAACACAAGUAGUAGCACAGCUGUUAAUACAACAGCGUCAUCAAGCUUUGUCUUGCCUUCAACGUCAGCCAAUGCAACUGCUGUUGCCGCUGCAGCCGCAACUGUAAGCAGUUGUUCAUCACUAGGAUGUUGUCACCAGUCACCGUAUGAUCUGCGUCGCAAGUUACCAUCUUCUAGCCAUGAGCAAUGGUGUGUUGCUAGUACGAGCAGUGCUGCUGGCAGUGCAACGGCAUCAUGCUCGGCAGCCACUGUUCCGACGGCAGGUCCUUCAUCAGGUGUUGUGGCGUGUGGUGGUAACUUUAAUUCUCAUUAUCAUGCAAUCACUCCAUCGACGUCUACGUCUGCCUCGUUAAACUGUGAAGACAGCUGUUAUAUGCUGCCGGCGCGAAAACGAUCCAAGAGGAUGUACACGGCUACAAGUACAGAAGCCAGUGGUCCAUCUGCUGCCCACUACUUGCAAUACGAGAUGCCUGACGAGGUCCUUCUCACAAUCUUUUCCUACUUACUAGAACAGGACCUCUGUCGAUUGUCUCUAGUCUGCAAGCGUUUCAAUACAAUCGCCAAUGACACAGAACUGUGGAAGCGCCUCUAUCAAUCAGUCUAUGAAUAUGAUCUACCGCUUUUCAAUCCAGAAAUAUGCAAGUAUGUCUUUGUAAAGGCGGAAGAUUCUGACUAUGCUAAUCCAUGGAAAGAGAGCUUUCGGCAACUCUAUCGCGGCAUCCACGUACGCCCCGGUUAUCAAGAUAAAAAGUUGAAAGGUCGCCACAUUAUCCACUUUAAUACAAUUCAAGCUGCUCUGGAUUAUCCAGACGACAAAAUGCCACAUGGUUCUUCGAAUAACCCAGCUUUAAAUGCCGCAGCUAACAUUGGUAUGCCUAAUAGUAUUUCUGGCCUUAGUUCGCAACAGAACGCUGCCAACUUGUACGGAGCAGAAGAUAAUGCCAGUCCAGAGAAUGUGGGCACCUUGAUAUUCCUACACGCUGGCCAUUAUAAGGGUGAAUAUCUAUUCAUCGAUUCGGAUAUAGCUUUGAUUGGUGCCGCACCGGGAAAUGUAGCAGAGUCGGUUAUUUUAGAACGAGAGGCAGGUUCCACAGUAAUGUUUGUCGAAGGUGCAAAGUAUGCCUAUGUGGGAUACAUCACUCUCAAAUUUUCGCCUGACGUAACAUCAACUGUUUCGCAUCACAAGCACUACUGCCUGGACAUUGGUGAAAACUGUAGUCCUACUGUAGACAAUUGUAUUGUUCGAAGUUCAUCAGUGGUCGGGGCAGCUGUGUGUGUUGGAGGUUUAAAUGCCAAUCCUGCGAUAAGGAACUGUGACAUUAGUGAUUGUGAAAAUGUGGGACUCUAUGUGACUGAUUAUGCCCAAGGCACCUAUGAGCACAAUGAAAUAAGUCGCAAUGCACUAGCCGGAAUAUGGGUGAAGAAUUUUGCAAGUCCCAUUAUGAGGGAAAACCAUAUCCAUCAUGGUCGUGAUGUAGGAAUAUUUACAUUCGAAAAUGGAAUGGGGUACUUUGAGAAAAAUGACAUACACAAUAACAGAAUUGCUGGAUUUGAAGUAAAAGCUGGUGCUAAUCCGACUGUAGUCAAAUGCGAAAUUCACCAUGGCCAGACUGGUGGCAUUUAUGUUCAUGAGAAUGGACUGGGGCAAUUCAUAGAGAAUCGUAUACAUUCCAAUAAUUUUGCUGGUGUUUGGAUAACCUCCAACAGCAAUCCUACCAUUCGAAAAAAUGAAAUUUAUAAUGGCCAUCAGGGUGGCGUGUACAUUUUUGGGGAAGGACGUGGACUCAUUGAACAUAAUAAUAUCUAUGGAAAUGCUCUGGCUGGCAUUCAAAUACGCACCAACAGUGAUCCCAUAGUCCGCCACAACAAGAUCCAUCAUGGCCAGCAUGGAGGCAUUUACGUGCACGAGAAAGGCCAAGGUCUUAUUGAAGAAAAUGAAGUAUAUUCUAAUACAUUAGCUGGCGUAUGGAUCACAACUGGAAGUACUCCAGUCCUUCGGAGAAAUCGUAUUCACUCUGGAAAACAGGUCGGUGUGUAUUUUUACGAUAAUGGCCAUGGCAAGCUGGAGGAUAACGACAUUUUCAACCAUUUGUACUCGGGAGUGCAGAUACGAACAGGAAGCAAUCCAGUGAUUAGAGGAAAUAAAAUAUGGGGUGGCCAAAACGGAGGAGUAUUAGUUUACAAUGGAGGCCUUGGUCUUUUAGAACAAAAUGAGAUUUUCGAUAAUGCCAUGGCAGGUGUUUGGAUCAAGACCGAUUCAAAUCCAACAUUAAAACGAAACAAAAUCUACGAUGGCCGUGAUGGUGGCAUUUGCAUAUUUAACGGCGGAAAGGGCAUUUUAGAAGAGAACGAUAUAUUCCGAAAUACCCAAGCUGGUGUACUGAUCUCAACGCAAAGUCAUCCCAUUCUGCGAAGAAAUCGAAUAUACGAUGGUCAGGCAGCCGGCGUUGAGAUCACAAAUAAUGCCACAGCUACACUGGAGCAUAAUCAAAUAUUUAAAAAUAAAUUUGGUGGCUUGUGUUUGGCAAGUGGAGUACAACCUAUUGUUCGUGGUAAUAACAUCUUCAAUAAUGAGGAUGAAGUCGAGAAGGCGGUGUCGGGAGGACAAUGUUUGUACAAGAUUAGCAGUUAUACUUCCUUCCCAAUGCAUGAUUUUUAUAGAUGUCAAACUUGCAAUACAACCGAUCGCAAUGCAAUUUGCGUGAAUUGCAUUAAAAAUUGUCACGCUGGCCAUGAUGUAGAAUUCAUCAGGCAUGAUAGAUUCUUUUGUGACUGCGGUGCUGGCACCUUAACAAAUCAAUGUCAGUUACAAGGCGAACCCACCCAAGAUACUGACACCCUCUAUGAUUCAGCAGCUCCAAUGGAAUCUCACACUUUAAUGGUAAACUAGGAUUUUAACUAGAAUUAAAUAAAUUAAAUCAUAAAUGAGAAUACAAAAAUUAUGAGUUAAAUGCAAAAAUCAAAUUAAUAAAUUAAUACUUAAACAAAACAAAAAAUAAAAAAAAAAACAAAAACGAACUUAAGCCCACAAAACAAAAUAUUAUUUUAACUAAACUACACUACAUUUAACAACUAGUAUAAUCAAUUAGAUUACGGCUUACUCAUAUAACUAUAUAUAUAUACAUAUAUAUAUAUAUAUCUUACACAAAACAAAAGCAUUAUGUUUAAAACAUUCAAUGAAGUUAAGAAACCAAGAAAUGAAAUUGAUGAAAUAAAACAAAAAUUAACAUUAAAUGCCUAUCAAACGAAAAUAAAUUCGACGUAAUCAAACAAAAAGCAAUUAUUAUAUUUGUGUUUGCGUAGAUGACUAUAAAAAUUCUCCUGUAAACAAAAUAGGUAAAAUUGAAAUUAAGUAAUGAGUAUAAAAUUUCACAAACCACAAGAAAAAAAACAAAAUUAAUCCAAUUCAUGUUACCACAAUUGUAUUGUCAAGUAAAAUCUUCAUCUUAAGAAGUGCGAAACGGGAAUAAAUUAAAAUAAAAUUAAACUAAAUAAAAGUUAAUACAAUAAAUUAAAUUUUAUUCUAAGCUAGAAAUUACAUCAUCCCAGUUGCAAUAAUUUUUUGAUAUAUUUGUUUUUGUUUUAAUAAUUAUUUUUUUUUAUAUAAAUAUAUAAUUAUGUAUUAUAAAAAGAAUAAGAAAUUAGAAAUAUUACCGAGAAACUAAAAAUGAUUUAAUAAACAAAAAAAGAAAGUGUUUUAGAUUUAAGCCCUCGUGUGUCAUGUUUAGUAUUAAAAUAUAUUAAAGUUAAUUUUUUUUCAUAUAAAUAAUAUUUUUAAAUAUUUAUGUACCUUAUAUAAAACAAACAAAAAAAAGAGAUUUUGAUAUUAUACUUUGUGCUUUAUAAACUGUUUCGUAUUUAUACAAUACAAACAAUCAUCAAUUAUUUUUAUUAACAAUAUAUUAAUUUUCUGUUGUCUACAUCUACACAUUUCAAAUAAAAGAUUAAUCUAGCAUUUUUCGUUGUAAAAUUAAAAUAUCGAAUAGAAUUUUUACUUUGUAAGAUUUCUGAAGAAUUCGAUUUUCAUUUAAUAUUCAUAUCUACUUACUACGUAUUUGUGUUAUAACAAAAACAAAGCAAUUGUUGUAAAUUUACAGCUUGCCUAUAGAUUGUUUAUUCGAAUUAAUAAAAAAAUGAUGAUAAUAAAUGAAAUGCAAAUGUCACUCGUAUUAAACAGAAAAGAAAAACAAAAUAAGAAUAAUUAUAAACAAACGAUAUAUAUAACUAUUAGUGUUCUAAGCAUCUACACAAAUUCAAAACACACAUAAUAAAUACAUUUAUACACGCAACAACCCAGUGAUUAAAAUAAAAUAAAAUAAAAUAAAAUAAAAUAAAAUAUAUUAAAUAAUACAAAAUACAAGCAAAAUAAUAAAACAAAAUUUAAACAAAAGGCCGUUUAAUAAAAACUCAUCACAUGUAUUUAGUAUUUAAUUUCAAAUGCAGCUAUUUAAGUGAAAACAUAAUUAGAACAUGGUUUUUAAAUAUAAUUUUCUUUUUUAAGUUAUGUACCAUAAAACAAUAAUAUAGAAUAACUACUUAAUGUUUAAAAUGUAUAUAAUAUUAGCACUGAUAAAUUAUUUAGUAUAAAACAGACAAAAACAAAAGCAUAAUAAAAUAAUUCAAAAUAUAUGUAUGUAAAUUACAGUUAAUGAAGAAAAAUAAAAAAAUAACUGGAAUAAUUAUUAUUUAGCAUUAAGAUACCACGAAAUAUUGAUAAAAAUGAUAACCAACAAGAUUUAAUUUAUACAUACUAUUUAGUGAAUGUAGGAUGUUAACUAUAUAUACAACAGAAAACAAAACAAAAAUCAUAAAUGAAUCGCUAAAUAUUAAUUAAGAGACGAAUAAAUUCAGAUUCAGAUGUUCAUAUUAAUUGGAAAUGAAUGGAAUUUACCUGAAUAAUCAAUAUUAAUAACAAUUA